GUAGAAAGUGCGACUGCGCAGUAUCGGAGUAAGAUAAACAGGCCACCACGAAGAGAGAAAGAGAGAGAGAAGGAGAGGGCGCGUCGCCGUGUAAGUAACACACGACGUUACAGUCAUCAUCGUCCCGCGGCAGUCGCAAAGUUAGUGUCACCGCGUGUACCAAAUGCGUACGAUUGUGCAGCAGCGUGUACGUCGCCAGUCGUAGACGAACGAUCGGAUCGGACACUCAUGGGGGGCAAACAUAGUCGCCUCCAGCGUGAGCAGAAGCAUCAGCAACGGAAGCAAACGAAGGAGAAAAAAGGUACGAAACGUGUCGAACAGCGGGAAGCUGCUGGCAGCAGCAGCAGCAACAGCAGUAUUACUGGUGGUGACGGUAAAUUAAGUGACAACUCGCAACUGGUCGUGACGGCUGAGCACCUGGUGCAGGUAGAAUCGGUUGCAAGGAAAGUAGUAACGGUACGCGACAACAACAGUGACACCUUCUCCAGCCCUAGCGUUCCGGGGCAUGGUGGUGUGGUGGACGUCGCGUUUGAGUCGGCGCUAGACGUAACUGAACGUGACAUCGAACGUGUGGGACGUGCUGAGUGCAAUACAGACGAGGAAGAUAGCGCGAAAAGCUCCGUUACCAUUACGAUUUGCAUGCUGAAAAUGGAACCGAAUGCCGCCGGUACGGAGACAGAGGAUAUCACACCAACGGGCAAUGCUACGCGUACCGUUGCUGGGGAGAAUGAUGGAAGCGUUGAACCUGCAGAGGACGGCACGGCACACGAUACACUUUCCCGGCAGUGUGCAUGCCUUGAGAAUGGCAAUUUUGGAACGUCAGUAGAAUCGACUAGCUGUACAGAAUUGGAGAGUGGAGAACCAGUAGUGAGAUGUAGUUGCAAUGCGAAUGACACAGGAUCGAUCGACAAUCGGUUGAACAAUAAUGAGUCGCCCAAUCUGUCACCGACGAUACCUACGACGACAUCGUCCGCUCCUGCCAUUGCAACCACAAUGGCGCCCGCUGCAUUAUCGUCGAUGUCUUCCAACCUGGCGAGCAUCGCAGGCGCAGUACCGGCACCGCCGCCAGCAGUAUCGUUUAUGAUCGGUGGACAUGAUCCCGCCACAAUCAGUCAUCUGUUGCAUCGGUUGCGACAUUUGCACCACCAUCAUCACCAUCUGCACCAUCACCACCAUCAUCAUCAUUUGAUGCAUCUGCACCAUCUGCAUCAUCAUCAUCCUGUGGCGGGAGGUAUCGCCGAUAUACCGCCAGAGGUGCCACCCAGUAAUACAAUGGAUUGGAGACAGCAACACACUCAGCAUCAGUGGAUCCCUGCUGGGAUGGUUGGCUCUAGCAAUGGUGCGAUAGUUCGCCCUGCUGACGGUGGAUCGUCUGUCGGAUCGGCAUCGGUAGCUACCGCCAGCCCACACUUUAUGGACAUCGAUAUAGAUUUGAAGGAUAAACUCGAGGGAUUAAGGCUGGGACCGGCUACAACUUCGGCGGUAGUACAGCGAAGCAGCAACAACAAUGUGACGGAGGAAAGUGGUGAACAUCCCUACAGUGUUGGUGAAUGUCCGACGUGCUGUGCCAUGGCAAUGGCAGCCAACGCAUCUGGUUCGCUGGGCGGGCUGCUCAAUGGUAGUGGAUCCGGUGGAGCAGUGAGUUCAGUUGCUAGUGGAACGAGCAUCUACAAUGGCAAUGCUGGUGAGGUGGAGGAGAAGAUUCUCAACACUAGUAACCAACCUUCGGUAACCGGUGGUGAAAAAUUGCCCGAACUGAAUGCUCCUACGGCGGCGGCAACUUCACUGGCGGGGGAUAACAGUCCAAACGAUACGGGUGUCUCCCAUUCGACUGAUCAGAUUUCAACCGAACCGGACAACACUGAAGCUGGAUCAUCUUCGGUGGCAACUUCAUCUGCUGCUGGUACAACGGCACCAAACACUGGAAAGGAUGCUGUACGAACCGUAGCGUUGGAGGACAAUUCCUCGAAACUGACAACAGCAGCAGUAGUAGCAGCAGCAACAACAUCGACCAGCGCGGACUCGACGGGUUUAGCAAACACGACCAGUGACAGUACGCCAGCAACCACGGUUACGGCUGGUAGUGUUGUGUCUCCAUCGUCCGCCGUCCGAUCGAAAACAGCGGCAGCAGGAUCAGCAACGGCACCCAGUGGCUCACCAACCGUAACGUCCUGUUGCAACCGGAAGACCACGUCUUCUGCCGCGUCUACCCUGUUCGGUUCCUUAUCGUUCACCGGUCGUCGAUCACGUUCGUCAAACGCACGCACCGGAAGUUGCUGUGCCAACAGUCCAACGGGCGAAGCGACAUCUCCAGUAGCGACCCGAACAUCUCCCGACCAACAGCAACGAUCCCGCAUCUCCUGGAUACCGGGCAGUGGACAUAAGCAGCAUCGUAACAGUGGUACUAGUGGGUCGAAAAAUGUUCGUUCGACUGAUACGGCUCCAGCAAUCACCAGUACCGGCAAUGUUAAAUCGAAAAAGUCCAACUGGCCUUUCUCACUGAAAUCCUCCAGCGGAUCGUCACAAUCGCGAACAACCGCGGCACUGAACGGGGCCCACAAACAGACGACCAAAGCAACGGCAGGGUUAGCAACGGGAGCAGCAGGAUCAUCUUCCAACAGUUGUGCUUCGACGAGCGCCGUACCAAUGUCCACGGACAUGAGCAACAGUAUUGUGUCGGCAGCCGUAUCAAGCGGCGGUACAACACUUCGCGGAAGUUCGCUGAUAAGUUCGGCGAAACUUUUGAAAGGUGAAACGGAUAAGGACGAUUCGUGCGUUUGUACGGCUUACCGGAAGGUGAGUGAGUCACCUCCACCACCAUCUUCGCCCGUACCAACUGUGGCAGCUGCAGCGGGACCAUCCCGAGUAACCAGCCCAAGACCGGCCGAAUCGGUCGAAUGGUUGGAGGAAGCUAUACACGGCUCCGGACUGUUGCCGCUCAAUCUCCAUAUGCUUAGCACACUCCGAUCCGGUAAUGCUAGCACAUCCGCACAAUCGAUAGCCGGUGUACCGGCACCGAUGAUAUCGCUCAGCCCAGAACCGAUACCCGCUUCGAUGCUGUCCAACCAUCACCAUCAUCAUCAUCACGCGAUGGCCGCCGCCGCCUUGGUUGCCGACCACCAUUCGACGUUCUUCUUCUCGACGACGUCCGGUGGUUCCAAUCACCACCCACAUCACGGACCAGUUGGGGCAGGUGUAGGAGGAGCAGGAGCAGCAUCAGCAGCAGGGCAGCUGUUCGGUACUCCCGCUAACGAUGUGAUACUGCUAUCGGAUUCACCCGUUCUGUUUGAUCUCACCAGCGAUGACUUCUCGGUGGAGGAUUGCGAUGAACGGGCCCGCAUCCAGCGAGAGCUGGAAAUUCGCGAAGGUGUAGACGCACCGCCCAAUUUCCACCCACGGCGCCUAAUGUCCGGUGGAACGAUUGCCUCCGGUCCGGCCGCAAACCAUCCGAUUGCGUUCAUCUAUUCGCGCGAUCUGAUGCAACGGGGGUUGCUGAUGGCAAACAAGCUGAUACAGCCGCUGGAUGCGGCCGGUCGCUGUGCCGCUGGCCGGGACGGUUUCGGUCGGUUGCGCAUCCACUCGCAGGUCGACUUCAUACACUGUUUGGUGCCGGAUUUGCAGAAAAUUACGAGCUGUAGCUUCUACUGGGGCAAGAUGGAUCGGUACGAGGCGGAACGGUUGCUCGAGGGCAAACCGGAGGGUACGUUCCUGUUGCGUGAUUCGGCUCAGGAGGAGUUUCUGUUUUCCGUAUCCUUCCGGAAGUACAAUCGGUCGUUGCACGCACGGAUUGAGCAGUUUAAUCACAAGUUUAGUUUCGACUCUCGCGAUCCGGGUGUAUUUACGGCCUCGACGGUUACCGGACUGCUGGAACACUACAAGGAUCCAUCCUGCGUGAUGUUUUUCGAACCGAUGCUAACGUUCCCGCUGAAUCGUAACUUCAGCUUUAGCCUGCAGCAACUCUGCCGUGCUGUGAUCGUAAGCAACACGACGUACGAUGGCAUUAAUGAGCUGACGCUACCAAAGUCUCUAAAGUCCUACCUGAAGGAGUAUCACUAUCGGCAGCGGGUUCGCUUCCGGCCAAUGGAUGAGCAUCUCUACUCUAACGCGUAGCUGCUCGAUGAUGAUGUCGACGAUCACGAUUCGGAUGAUGACGAUGAUGAUACUAUCGAUGUUGAUGAUGGCGCUCGUAGCAGAAAGGAAUGUAACAACGAAGCACUUAUACUCGAAACAACCGGCGGUAGAUAUAAACCCGACGUGGCAUUAGUGUUGCGAGGCUUACUCAAAGGUUCAGGCAUUCAUCAUUACUGCUACGCGAUACGUCCAACGGUGGCGAACGAAGUGUUAGCAUAUGCACGUAGCGUUGGCAAUGGUGCCGUGCCCAGUAUCGUUAAACGGCAAUGUAAAAUCGCGAGCAAACAAUCGAUCGGUUACAGGUGGCGUAAGCGUCUUCAUUUGCGCGGUGGUGUGUUCCGGGCUAGAUCGCAACCAUCGACUUCAGCAUCAUUAUCUUCCCGUUGGAUGAUUGUACUAAAUCGGUUCCUUAAGCGCCAGCAAAGGAUAAUGUCUAACCAUCCGAACAAUGGAUGGUAAGGGCAUUGUGCUUUUUGGUUUCUUGGUGCGUAUUGUAUAUCUUUAGCGAACGAUCAGUUAAUUUGUUUGUUUGUUUGCUUCACUGUAGCUUUACGUGGUAAAUAAUAUAGUUUUUCUUAUACAAACGAAGAAGCACAAUAGCUAGAGAAAGAUAGAGGCGAAAGAGUGAGAUCGUGAGAAUACUGAUACACUUUCCCGCUUUCGUAAACCCUAGCUUCGUUCAGUAGCUUUAAAACUCUCUUUUACUUAAGCUGGUUACAAUGGCACUUCCCCGUAGGUGUGUUAGUAAAUUAUUUGCAUUUCCAUUCCAUCCCAUUUUCUGCUACAAAACAAAACGAAAAAAGCAUUCUCGUUAGUUAAAGCAAUUAAUAACCAUUAUUACAUUUGUCUAUCUAUGUUAAACAGCGAGAUUGUAUAGGAGGUAGCGUUUUAGAAAGAGCGUAUAAGAAAAAAAACAACCACCAGAAUCAGUAUUUCAGUAGAGCAAUGCGUUUAAACCGCCAAACGGUGCCGUAUAGCGAUCCAGUUGAAAGAGUACUGUCCUGUCCAAUCCCCUUGUAUUCUUACUUUCCUAGAGCAAAUUGUUUGUUUUGGUAGAGCUAGAGCGAUUGUGUAGGGCGUAAUAGAAGAGCAAGGGAAAAAGCAACCCACAAAAACACAAGCAUGAUAUGCGUAUUUAUUAUAGCAGCAACUAGGGAAGGAUUUUACGCUAGUAAGGACAAACGGGAAAGGACAGUUAUAGUUGUAGGCACAUCUGCAAACGGAGGUGACGAUUCGUUAUCCCCGGUUUACUUACGUUUUAUACGCCCUAGCCACAUUGUACAUGGAUUGUUUUUGGAUUAGUUUAAUAUUUAGUUGUUGCUUUCGGUUGCAAAUGGCUGGAAGAGUUUAGUUUAAAUUGAACAUAAAACUGCAGCGCGGAAGAUGAAAGACCAAAUGUCUGCAUGUGUGGGUGUGUGAGCUUACAGGACUGAAAAUAUGGAUUCUCUUUGAACGUAUAUAAUAUGGAAAGAAGGAAAACAGAUUUGCAACGUAUGAAACUUGCACAUUAUAUGAACAUUUAUUAACAUUCAUAUUCAAUGGAAACUGUAAACCAAUGUCCAUUAGAGGAACUUACUGAUUCAAACACAAACGCAGAUAACGUUAUGAACAAUCUUUAGCCGUAUACAUUGGAACAGGGAAUCUCUAAUCGCUGUUCUAAAUCUGUAAUGGAUGAUUUACACUGGUGUGUGGUAACGGUGUGGGCGUUUGCGUUUUUGGCCAAUGCGUGAGGCCUUGUGAAGUCACUUAGUGCAAACUGGAUGUGGUAACAAUCGGAUACAAACGGCUAACCUAGCCACACUAAACAUGAUGGUCUAAACACGAGUCUGAAUCAAACUUUAACAGUAGUGCUGUGCGUUUAUAUUUUUUGUUGGAUACAAACUAAAACAAAAAACAAAACACAUCUUUGAAGAAAGUGAAAGUGAAAAGAGCAAAUAUCGAAAUUGUGGUUUAGUGUAUCGGUGUAGAUAAUUUUCGUUUUUGGCUUUAAAAUUGUACAGUAUGAUGGAAGCAGAAGAGAAGGAAAAGUAAUACGUUGAGGAAAGCAAUCAAAUUUUAAGCAGGGGAUUAUAAGUAAACAAUUAGACAAGUUUGUAGAAGGAAGUAGUGAAUAUUAUAUUAGUCCCGCGCACAACUGCAAAUUGGUACAGAAUUGGAUGGAGUGUGGUGCGGUACCCGCAGACUAGAUUAUUAUCGGUAAUAUACUAUUUUUUAUUAUUGUAUAUUCUUAAUAACAUUAUUGGCAUCAAGAAUUACUACUAGCGUUAAAUUGGAUUCUGGCCUGACAGAACAAAUAAAAAGAUAUGAUUCAAAGUUGAA